AUGAAGAGGAGGAUUAAUGAGGCGAAGUUUGUUUGUGAUGUGCCGGGGUGUGGAUCGACGUUUACGAGGCAUUUUAAUCUUAAGGGUCACAAGCGCUCACACAUGGACGAAAAGCCCUUCCAGUGCAAAUGGCCCGGAUGCGGGAAAGGCUUCGCGAGGCAGCACGAUUGUAAGAGGCACGAGCAGCUGCAUUCGAAUCAUAGGCCGUUUACGUGUGAGGGGUGUAAGAAGCCUUUUGCGAGGUUGGAUGCUUUGAAUCGACAU